GUCAUCACUAGUGUUUCUCCAAAUGAAACAAUUCAAAGGUAAUGUAAUAUCUCAGCAAAUUUCUAUUUGUAGAAAGUAGAGGUUUUUUUUUAAUUAAAAAAAUCUUUUUCAUUAACACUGCUCAUUUAAAAACAAAUAAUGCAAUAAAUGGUCAGAUACUAUUGAUCUCAUGUUCUCUUAUACCAGUAGCUAACUCAACUAAGUUUUGAUGGCACUGAAAUGUAAGAAAACUGUAUAGGAAUUGUGACAAGAGGGAAUGAAUAAUUAUGUUAAGAGACACCAUACAUUGAAAUGACUCUGCUAGAACCAAAGAUGACAGAUAUUGAUAAUAACUAAAAAAAAAUAUGAAGCUAUCGGAGUCUAAAUGUUUGUUUUUUAGAGAUAAAUAUUUAGGACCAUUAAAUUUCCACCAAGGACUUCGAACGACAGCCAUCUUAUCGAUGAAGAUUUUAAAAAAAAAAUUAGAAGUGUUGAAAAAGCCGUUAGAAAAUUCACCGAAAUAAAUUGUCUCCUUUUAUGACAUGAUUUCUAAAGGAGAUUAGGUCAACAGCUCCAUAUUUAAUCUAAUGUACCUACCCAUUUGUCAUUUUCUUAAAAGCGUAACAUUCUAAAAUGCGCUUUAUAGAAUAAACGAAGAAUUUUAUUUAAUUACAGUGGUGGCAUUACCCUGACACUGUCGGGUGAGAAUCUUGACUGUGACGUACAAUUUGAGCUUGUGCUCAACUACAAUAAUAAGAACGUAAGCAAUUGAUUUAGAUUUUUCUAUCUUUACUAAAAAUAACAUUCUUCUAUUUAGUGAUAAAGAUGUCUUAGUCAUAAAAUAUAGGUACAAGCAGUUAAAAAGUACGAAGCUAAAAUAUCAUUCAAUGUAAUGUCCAGCCCCAGUUUCAUUGGUUUUUAAAGGUCUUAUUGAUGUGACAAUUAACUAUAACAUGUUCAACCCCGAAUUAUAAACAUAUGUUUACUACUUACAGAGUGAAACAAUCAAGUGCACUAAAAAUGAACCUCAUGUGAUGACGUGUCAAACGCCAAAUGUUCACAAAAUGACCCAGUCAUAUUUUCGAAAGAACAAGCCUGAAAUUUAUGUCACUGCCAACCUAGUAAUGAAAACGGAUGACGUCGUCAUUAAUUUUAAUGCAUCAAAUGUUAUUAGUAUUUACCGUGAUCCCAAUUUUAAGAAUUUAUCUUCCUUACAAUGUUUCAGUUCAAGCAAAAAUCAAACUCUUAACAUAAAGGUAAUUAAUUUUUAAAAAUAUGUUAUUUAUUAUUUCUAAAAAGUAUAAUUUAUUGAUAAUUUUAAGGCAAAAAUAUCGUUGACUAAAUCAUAAAAUGUUCUAAUCUUACAUCAGCAAUAUCAUAAAAGGACCAUUAUCCAUCAUGUUAUAAGCAAUUAAAUUUGAAAAUAUUUUCAAAAUGCUUGUAUAUUUUAAUGAAAAUUUAAUUUAAAAAAAAAAUAUUGUAAUGCUAACAUUUAUGUUUAACUGCAUGCUCACCAAAGUGUUGACGGGUUCAUCUCAUCAUUACCAGGGUGAUCACUUUUCUGAAUUCAUCAGCAGCAGAGUCAGUGUAACGACUGCUUCACAGGAGAAAUGUCAGAUGAAAUAUGUCAAUGGAAGUUUUAUGGAGUGCCACACUCACGUUAAUAAGAUUAAUAAUCAAAACCCGGAUAAUAAGAGAGAUACAUCAACAGAAACAACUACACCGGAGUACGUGUCUGGAUCACAUUACGGGCUUGGUGUAUUAAGUGGUCAAACUUUAAGCCUUACUAAACCAGACAGACAUAAAGGAAAGACAACGACACCUUCCUUGGCCUCUACAACCAAAACACCGAAACCAAUCUGUCCACUGACCGUUCAAAUUGGAAAUUUAAAAGUGCAACUCAUUGAGGUGAAGGGGACAGACCCUAACCAUUCAUGGCAUAUUAUGUUUUAUCUGAUACCAUUAGCUGUAAUAGUCGUACUUGUAGCAUUAGUUCUAGCACUGACUUUAAAGCUAAAAAACUUGAAGUCUAUGAAAGAGAAACAAAUGUAUUUACAUUUCACUGAGGCUAAUUCAGGUAUUCAUUUUGAUUGACUUGAUGUAUGUUGUUGUUGUUUUUUUUUUUGAAUAUUGAAAAUCUGCAUUACGACUGUUUUAUUCUACUGUUUGUUAUGUGUCUAACAUCCAAAAUAUCCUAAUAAUUUUAGCAGGUUACAUUUGAUGUGAUUAGUGAACAAUGGAAAACGAUUUCUUCUCAUUAACACAAAACAAGAAGUUUCUUGAUGUAUCUAAUUACUAUCUAACUUUAGGUUGUGGAAGAGACUCUUGUCAAACUUUAAAACAGAUUUUAGACUCUGUGGCCCCAGGGGACGAUGGGAAAGACAUGAACACUUUGAUUGUUGAUUUAGAUUUGUUGACGGUUGGAAAGUGUAUCGGAUCUGGUAACUCAUUAAAAUCUUUCUGUACAAUCGUUUUUUACAAAUAAUUAUGAAUUAUGACAUUAUUUUAAUGUAAUUAUUUAACAAACUUCAACAUUUUUGUGUUAGAGCUAAUGUCUCCUACAUCCUUUGAAUAGCAUUUUUAAAUUAAAAUUUCAUGUUUAAUUUUUUUUUUUUUUAAACAUUUUACAACAUUAACAAAUUCUUUCAAGCAGCUUUUCCUUUUUCCUUAGGUAACUUUGGUUGUGUGUACGAAGGUCUGCUAACGUUAGACGCUGGGCUUCCUCCACAGACAGUUGCUAUCAAGGCAUUGCAAGGUCAGAGUUCAGCAUGUUUCAUGUAAUAAAUGGAACCCCACGGUCCGAUGCCUUGAUGUUUGACAAUUUGAAAUUGAUGUUUUUGUUUAAUCAAAAGUUUAAAAUAAUUGAUCGAAUUCAUUUUUUAUGAUGAAUUCAAACUACCUAGCGCAUAACACGGGCCACAACUACGGGUACAAGUUCACACAUCACGGGCCAUAACUACGGGUACAAGUUCACACAUCACGGGCCAUAACUACUGGUACAAGUUCACACAACACGGGCCAUAACUACUGGUACAAGUUCACACAACACGGGCCAUAACUACUGGUACAAGUUCACACAUCACGGGCCAUAACUACUGGUACAAGUUCACACAUCACGGGCCAUAACUCCUGGACCAAUUCACAUAUCAGCUUUCUCCAAACGUUGAACACACCCCCCGUCAUACGACAUUAACUCUCUUAAUCCAAUCCAAAAAAAUCACACAAUGUUGAUACACGUGGGCUUGUCAAACAAGCUCUCAUUAUCAGAAACUUUCAACAUCUAAUCAUCAGAUCCCUUUUCAAACAGUAUUGACCUUCUUGGGUUUCUCCAAGAAGCUCUCAUUAUGAAAGACUUUCAUCAUCCCCAUGUGAUGGGGUUAGUUGGACUGGCCGAGAAAGAACCUGGAGUUCCUUACGUUAUAUUGCCCUUCAUGGAUAAAGGCGACCUGCUGACCUAUGUCCGUGACCCCGCAGUGGUACGUAACAGUUAAGCUUGGAAUUUAAUUUCCCCAAUUCUUCAGCUCUGUUACAUAGCAUGGAGCUCAGUAUUUAUAAUGUCGUUUGUUUCUCGUCCAUCUCAAGCAGUGGCAAGAUACAGACUUUAUGGUGAAAAUUGUGUAUAUUUGCUUCAAUAUCAUGAAUGGAAUAUGUCAAAGAUCAAACCAUCUACACCAGUGGUUCCCAAACGUUUAAUUCAGGCGGACCGGCGAACAAGUUUCGACAUUUUACCAGCGACCAGUACAUGAUUUAUUUUUACACUUUUAUUGCUUCUGGACAAUAAAUAUUUAUGUUAUGGGGACCGGCAGCGUUAGGCAUGCGGACCGGUGAAGGUCCACGGACCGCCAUUUGGGGACCACUGAUCUACACAAUUACCCUGAUUUUUUUUUUUAUUUCCAAGGUUUUUAUUACCUUUGCUAUAUUUUGAGACUAGUACGUGUAGGCGUUGUUUUUUUUUAAAAGUACAACACAGUUAUUUUUAGCCACUAUCGCUUAGGCUUGUCUAGAUGACUUGACCUCGAAGUGGACGUAACCCCAAUGAAUUUUAGUUUUUUCCUGCGCGCGCCCGUCCGGGCUGGGGAGAGCGUUUGAUAACUUUCGGAUACGUUCCAUUUGUUUUUAAGGAUAACAAUUAGUGACGCAAUGUCCAGGUUUUCUGGACUAGAACGUUCGGACUUAGCGCCUCUAAAAAGCGUGCCAGGAUUUUAAGCAGAUAGACUUUCUGAGGCUUAAAAUCACAGAGACUUAUGAGAACCAGUCUUGGCGAGACUUAUAGAAAGAUAUUGGAGGCGUUCAUACCCUUGUGUAUAAAUUCAUAUUUAUAUAGAUUAAGGAUUAUACUUUUUUCCCCUUGCUUUUAAUUUGAUACACUUUUUGCAUCGAUGCUACAAUUUGUAUUUGUAUAGAAUUUUAUAUAAUGAAAUUAAAUUUUAGUAUCCCCAAUUUUUGAUAUAGUUGUUCUUUUCAAACUGAUAGAUCAGUCUUUUGUUACAUGUUGUUUCUUCUACGAUCAGACUAAUAACAAAGAUUUAAUCUUUACAACCAAAAACGGUACAUAACACCUUCACUUUGCUGAAUUUACUGUUUCAAAGAUUAACUAAUCUUCCAGUCACUGACUCUCCAUGACGUCAUCAAAUUUUGCGCGGACAUAGCUGACGGCAUGGACUAUCUGAGCUCACUCAAGUGUGUCCACAGAGAUCUGGCAGCCAGAAACUGCAUGUGAGUCUGCAUAAAUUGUUAAAGUUGCCUGUGUGGAUUAUUCAAAAUUUUAUCCCACUUAUGCACUGUUUGUAAAUUAAAAUCGUGCAUAAUCGUCUGGACCCUUCUCUUUAGAUUGCUCCUCAUGUCAUUUAAAUGAGAUCGGAAGUAGAGAUUAUAUUUGGACGUCAUACCACAGUAUUCACAACAGUGUCUAAGGAUUGUGUGAACGCUUUGUAAAUGAAUCCUUCUUAGUAUAGAUAUGGGCAAUAAUCAAUUGUAAAAUAGUUAUUGAAAAAUAAAUUUCUUGGUUAACUCAGACAUUUCGCGCCACAGCCGCAAUCUUGGUUGCCACGACCCGUAAAAAGGUCACCCUAAACCUAUCCCCCAGCCUGAAACCUAAACCAAACCCUCAACCUAUCCCUAAACCUAACCCAAGCCCUAAAUCUAUCCCUAAACCUAACCCAAACCCUAAACCUAUCCCUAAACCUAACCCAAACCCUAAACCUAUCCCUAAACCUAACCCAAAUCUUAAACCCAUCCCUAAACCUAACCCAAACCCUAAACCUAUCCCUAAACCUAACCCAAAUCUUAAACCCAACCCAAAUCUUAAACCCAUCCCUAAACCUAACCCAAACUCUAAAACUAUCCCUAAACCUAACCCAAAACCUAUACCUAUCCCUAAACCUAACCCAAACCUCAAACCUAUUAAGUUAAAUAAACACGUAAAUGACAUCGUGGCACGAAUUGUCUGCUUUAGACCAUUUCUUACCUAAGAUAUGCUCAAAAUGAUAAAUAGAAUAAUAAAGCAAGAUUGUGUGGAUAAAUGUCAUUCAAAUGUUAGUUUUACUUGUGUUUGGCGGAAAUCAUUAAGAAGAUGUAAAGAAGUAAACAUUUCUAUCCUAAAAGGCUUGACACUGGUAACCGUGUUAAAGUCGCCGACUUCGGUCUGUGCCGUGACAUCUAUGAGAAGGGCUACUACACAAGUAACAACAAGAAGAAACUACCCAUUCGGUGGAUGGCGUUAGAGAGUAUUGAACACGGAGCCUACAGCACCAAGUCGGAUGUCGUGAGUGUGAUUUUUUUAAUUUUUCUUCUAAAUUUAUUUAUUUAUUUAGGCAUACAAAGAAUUUCGGGAGACACCCCAUGAUAAAAGUUUAAUUUUUCUAUUUAAUAUUUAGAAUUUGUGGAGUUUUAAACUCAACUAUCUAAUAACAUGUGUUGGAAAGAAGGGAUGAUCUCACAUUAUAUGUUAUUCGUGGCAUCAUUUUUAUAAAAUUUAUUCCUAUCCUGCUAAGUUGUAGAUUUACUAUUGUUUCAAUGAACUUUUAAUAGAACGGAGAACAGCAUAAAAUAUGUUUGCUUGGUCCAUGAUAAUUCUUUUCUCUCCUCUGGGUUAACAUAAAUGAAUUAAAAAAAAAAUCUCAAGUGUUUUAUCACUCUGUCGUUUCGAACAGACAUAUUCCCGAUUAUAUCGGUUUGUAAUGAUUUCAUAUUUUAAAUAACAUAACUGUAUUCGGAAAUAUGAAUUUUCGACUAAUUAUUUGUUUGAUCUUUGCCAAAUAUAAUUUAUUUAUAGUUUGAAAGUAACAUCGAACAAUUUUAACCUUUUACUUCAGCUCAAAUCCUUGAUUUUGAAUAAUUUCCAUGUCGAUGCCUCUAUUUUGAAUAAUUUAUGUGUCGAUUCCUUGAUUGUCAAUAAUAAAAAAAAAAUUAAAUGUUGAUUCCUUCAUUUUGAAUAAUUUAUAUUCCGAAUUCUUGAUUUUGAAUAAUUUAUAUGUUGAAACCAGAGCAAAUACAAGUCUGUUUUUGUCAACAGAUCCGCCCAGAGUAUCUUUGGUUUUCUAAUUUCAGCUGUCCCUUUGUGUUUAAAUUUCAGUGGUCCCUGGGUGUUGUGCUGUGGGAGCUGUUGACUCGUGGUCUGACUCCUUACCCUGGAGUCGACGGCUGGGACGUAGUGAACUUCUUACGUCGUCGGCGUCUUCCCCCGCCAUAUUUCUGUCCAGAAUCUCUGUGAGUCAUCAGAAAGAUGUUGCUGUCAAUUAAGCACUUCUGCCUGCAUUUUUAUCUUUAGAAAUAAAACAAAAGAGACAAAAUGUAACCAUAUAUUAAGCGUGUAUGGUAUAAUUUCUUUAAAUUCAUGCCUGAAUAUGUCCUCUAUUUUAGUGAUUGUUUAUAAAUCAGUAGAAGUUUAUAUCACAUGACCUUACUAUGUCUGCAGGUACAAUCUUAUGAUGGUUUGUUGGGCAAAUGAUCCCAUCAAGAGGCCCACAUUUGGUAUCAUUAAAUCGGAACUAUUACUCUUAAUAGGUCAAAAUUCCAGCGGCGUCUCCUUUCCUGGUCCAAGUCAUGACAAAACCUCGAUCCAGCAAGAUGAUUUGGUGUCAGUUAAAGGAAAUGCUUCUAAGCACGUGAAGAGGGGAAAGGGUCUUCAUAAAGGCUUUGACAUUCAAGAUACGAGUGCUGGUGUUCUUAAUAAAAAGUCAGCAUUAGGAAAAACAACUCUUAAUUCUAGAAAAGUAUCGAGAGAGCAGGUCAUGAAACUAAGACCAAGUUGUGCCGAUGAAUCGGAGGCGUCUAGAGAUGUUCUGCCUGCCUUAACAGGAGACGCCUUAGACCCAAGAAAAACGGAUGGCUCUGAAACGCGUUGCGGAUUAUCGAUAAUGUCAUCCAUGGCGAGGCCAGGAGUCGUCAGUAACUUCCUUAUAACAUUACCUGAGUGUUUCUCCGACAGAGAAGUCAGCAAACUGGCGAUCAGCCUCUAUGAAAACCUGGUGGACAACUAUGAACCUCCGAGAAAGUUUACGAAUCCAUUCUUAUCGCUGAGCAGAAAGUUUAGCAAGAGAAGCACUGAGAAAUGGAGGCAGGACAUCAAGAUGAAAUAUCGGAUCAAAACGAGGGAAGACGUGAGCGACGACGAGGAGUCUGGGGGCGGCUCUGAAGAUCCUAGAAUUGGAGACGACGGUGCGUACCAUCUAUUAUCGCCAAGAUCUCCCGAGAGAUGGAGCACAAUAUCAGAUGAUAGAAACUGCUCGUUUAGGACUUACGCCAACGUUAGCUCGGGGGACUCCUUGUUGACUGUGUUAAACACAACUACCGCAGGGACCCCCUUCUGCAAGGACAAUGACAUCAGCGGUGACUGCUCCACUAUCUCCCCUCCACGUCUGCAUUUACCACUGUCACGACAAGCUAGCCAGCAAUAGUUUAGCAAAUAACACAAAGUUAUCCUAGAAAUUAUGCAUUUAUAAUAUAGCUUUACCACUGUAAUACUACACAGCUUUGACCCAGCAGCAGUACUUAGCAAUAAUACAUCACCGACAAUACGAUGGCUUUUACGCAACACAUUUCAGAUUUCAUUUGAAUUUAAUAGGAUAUAAUAUUUAUUAAUAUUAUUUAUUUCCCGC